AAUUUUAAGUUUCAAAUGUAGUUGAAAUCAUUUGUAUAUUGCUUUAACCUAACAUUGAUGAUUCAAUUGCCCGAUAAUUUUAUUGUCUCAAAUAUAUUAAAUUCGAGUGAUUAUUCAAUUAAUUCACAUAAACAGAUCUUGUGACCUCAUCGUAGUCGACAAUUUCACUAACGUGGCAAUCAAUAUGUCGAUUUCAUACUUAUUGGAAUGUCAUAUUAGUGAACAAAUUGCAAAAAACGUGACGAAACUAGAAGGAAGUGAUAAUGAAUACUGUUCUAACGGUUCUCGUACCUCAUGAACAAAUUGCAAAAAACGUGACGAAACAAGGAGGAAGUGACGACGAAUACUAAUCUAACGGUUCUCGUACACCUCGUUAACUUAAUUGUCAUAAAUUAAAAUGUAGUGACUAGUUUGCCCUACCUAGCGGAAUACGGGUACCAUAUUGUUCAUUAACCGCUACCCUACCCUUUCUGCUACAAAUCUCUGCCUGACUGCUCCCUCCAAACAGAGGAAAGCGAGCAGCAGCAACCUUUGAACGCCGCAUCCCGUCUUCAUUCUCCUGCUUCCGUCUGUUUUCCGGCGGCUGCUUGCAACAGCAUGAUCAAAAGCCGACGAGACAAACCCCUGAAAUGAUAAUAAAGCCUCCACUCUCCUUUGCAACAAAUUCAAGGUACGCUUCACAUAGAUUCCUCCUUCCCUUUCCGCAACAAAAUCAUCGAGCCGCCGCGAGUUGCCCUAUUCUUCUCGCCCGCUUCUCCCGCGCCGCCGCUGGCUCGUCGAAUCAGGAAGAUUUCGACGAUGUAGAGACCGUUUACCGCGUCAUUACGAGUGUAGCUUCGCCCGAUGACCUUGGGCAAUCUUUGAAAUCGGCCGGGGUAUUCCUCUCCAACGAUGUAAUCGACAAGGUUCUGAAGAAGUUCCGGUUUAGCCAUGGAAACCCUCUGCGCGCCCUCGAGUUCUUCAAGGUAACGGGGGACAGAAGAGGGUUUUAUCACUCUCCGUUUUCUCUGGACACCAUGCUUUACAUUCUCGGUAGGAGCCGCAAAUUCGAUCACAUUUGGGAUGUUUUGGUAGAGAUUAAGAAGAAGGAUAGGAACUUGAUAUCUCCACGGACUGUGCAGGUGGUGUUGGGUCGAAUCGCCAAGCUGUGUUCGGUCAGGAUGACGGUGGAGUCGUUUAGGAAGUUUAGGAAGUUGGUUCCUGAGUUUGAUACCACCUGUUUCAAUGCCCUGCUGAGAACUCUGUGUCAGGAGAAGAGCAUGACUGAUGCUAGGAAUGUCUAUCACAGGUUGAAGACCGAGUUCAAGCCGAAUUUGCAGACCUUCAACAUACUUUUGUCCGGUUGGAAGUCUGCAGAGGAAGCGGAGUCGUUCUUCUGGGAAAUGGAGGAGAUGGGGGUGAAACCUGAUGUGGUUUCCUAUAAUUGUUUGAUUGAUGUGUACUGUAAGGGAAGAGAGAUGAAGAAGGCAUAUGAUAUGAUUGAAAAGAUGAGGAAUGAAGAUAUAUCGCCGGAUGUUAUAACGUAUACCAGCAUUAUUGGAGGGUUAGGGUUGAUCGGUCAGCCGGAUAAAGCCAGAGAUGUGCUGAAGGAGAUGAGGGAAUACGGUUGUUACCCGGAUGUUGCAGCUUAUAAUGCUGUUGUCCGGAACUACUGUAUUGCCAAGAGGCUUGGUGAUGCUUAUGACUUGUUGGAUGAGAUGGAGGCAAAGGAACUGAAUCCGAAUUCCACCACUUACAAUUUGUUCUUCCGUGUGUUUUAUUGGUCGAACGAUCUGCGCAGUUCGUGGAACUUGUAUCUGCGAAUGACGGAUGCUUGUUGCUUGCCCAACACACAGUCAUGUAUGUUCCUGAUCAGGUUGUGUAGGAGGCACGAGAGGGUUGACUUGGCGCUGCAGCUGUGGGGUGAUAUGGUGGACAAGAGUUUCGGGUCUUAUACUUUGGUAUCUGAUGUGCUGUUUGAUUUGCUUUGUGAUAUGGGGAAGUUGGUGGAAGCUGAGAAAUGUUUCAUGGAGAUGGUAGAGAAGGGACAGAAGCCGAGUCAUGUUUCUUUUAAGAGGAUCAAGGUGCUGAUGGAGUUAGCGAAGGACCACGAUGGGAUUCGGAACUUGUCCGAAAAAAUGGCUAUGUUCGAGCCCUCAGGUCAAGUUACUCGAACAACAGAGAAAAUUGUGCAGAAUUCACAAGGAGGAAAUAUUCAGAGGAUAACAUACAUGGAGAGCACUUGAGAGAAAUGGAUAUAGAUUCCACAAGUACUUCUUCCAGUGUUUAGGAACAUCUCUGCCAGUCCUUAUAGUGGCCUAAGUUGGCAGAUUCCUGAUGUCGGAUUUUUCCAAGAUGCCACCAAUAAGAGACAGCUUGGAAACUUGUUGCAAUUGAGGAGAUGUUAGCUCUCUUUUUGUCUGGAGGAGCCUCUGUUCGAGGUAUCCUGGAGGAGCGAGGUAAACCUCGGAGAGGAAGUAAAUCGAAAAGGAAGCUGUUGAAGUGUGGCAGAAAAAGCAGGAGAGAUGCCCAUUAUUCUGGAUCUUCCUAGUUGAUGCAGUUGAUCCAUGUCUAUGGUGGAAUCCAUAUAAUGAAAGCUGGGGUGCUACCUGAUGUCAAUGGUGAAAACAACACGACGGGAAUGUGCUUCGAGACGUGGCCAAUCAUGGGGCUGGCUGACCAAGGCUGCUUCUUGUUGAGAUAAAUGUCCUUUCAUGUACCUCCAUUCACUUGAUUUGUUUCUUGCUUGUGGAGGGAAUCAUUUGAUAAUGCUGAGAUGCUUGCGAAACAGAUCAGCUCCUACUGGUAUGAACAAUGAACUAUGAUGUGACCCUAAACCUAGUCCCUAUGUUUAGGGCUUUACUGUCGUUUAGGGUUUAUGGAUGGUGAGUUACAUCUUGAUCAUUUAGGCCACGUUCACUUCCAUUUUUCGUUUCCUGUUUUCAUGUUAUAAAUUUGGCAACCGAAACGAGAAAACUUUGUUUACUUUUCAUUCUGUUUUCUAUUCGUUUCCAACUAUGAAAACAGAAAGUGGCAACUUCCUGCUGUUUUCGGAAACAACAAAAUGUUGUUUUCACCUGUUUUCAAUAUCUGUUUUUGAGACUUUUUGUACAGGCUCUUAUUCUUUAUGACAGUCAGCUGCAUUAGUUACUUACAGCUGCAACUGUCAAUUCUCUCUGUUCUCAUUCCUCCUCCUUCCUCUACCACCUGGGUUACGGAGUUGGGAGAGGUCCAUCAUGGUCCAUGUAUGGAUCUUAACCUUCUUCGACAUACCCACAAUACCUUGUGUUGGGAGUAUCGCGAACUUUAGAAUCGCGGCUUCGAUUUGUCCAUCGGUGAGCUCUCCGAUCCCGUCACUUCCCCAUAACCAUAUGCCUGCCUAUGUGAAUCUUGGCUUUCCAAGUAAAAGAUGUAGUCUUUGGAUUAUCAUGAAUGAAUGAUAGUAUGAUCAAAUACUGGGUUAUUUAAAUGGUAAGGUCGACCUGAUCCUAAUUGGUUAAGGUGGGGUUUUGGACCUGGAAAGGAAUCCCCUUUUGUAUUCAUUUAUACAUGAAGCAAUGUUAAUUCAACCACUAACCAGCCCCAGACCCAUAAUUAUCUGACUCCAGCCGGCCUAACCCCACCAUAACCGAACACUGCAUAAUGCUUAUCUUAACUAAUCCACUACAAACCAAACCGAUUUCCACCACUAAUCGAGCCGCAGGCCCGACCUGACGAUUUAAAUUGUUAGACGGAUCAAAUAUGAAUCGGAUUGAUCAGCUUGUUUCAGAAAAAACAGAAAACACUAGACGGAAGAAAUUUCAAACGAGAAU